GGUGUGAUUGAUAUUAAUUCACUUGCUUUUCCCUCGCUAUUUGAGUAUAUAAAACAUUCAAAUCUGAACUUCCUGCUCACUAUUCCAAGAUCCAGGAAGACCUGCUAAAGGGAAAAAUACAGUUUUCUCCCUCCUCCCUCCCUGUCACUCUGCUUUGCUUGUUAAGACCCUCCCUUUUUCUGUCCUCCAAUCCCUUUCUUCUCCCUCCCUCUCUCUCUCUUUUAGUGUCAGUGUUUUGCAGGCCAGACCACAGACAACUCCACAGCCAUCUGUAUCAGAUUCCCUCUAAUAUGUUCUGAAAUACUCUCACACACAAUUAACAGGACAACUGGAUCUCAGACGGGCCACGUUUACACUGCUGAAACACUAAACAAGGACUCCACAAAUGUUCCGACAGAUUACAUCCUGGAGCAGAAGACAAACCCAAAAAGGCCACCCCAUUCUUCUCAAAGAUAAAUAGAGAUUGACUCAACAUUUUGGUUUCCUGUUUGUAAAAUGUCAUUGUUCUUCUAAGAAAAGCUACACUUUCCACCCACGUCAAUCUUUAGGGAACUGUUUAGUGCAUUUACACAGAGCACCUGUCAAGAGCUAAUUGCAUCCAGGAGCCUGCUUUUUUUCUGUUGAAGAUCUACACUCUGACCUGUAAACAUGGGUUUGUGUGAGAACACGAGGAGUUGGAGGUGGCAAUGUGGAGCUGUGAUGGGAGUGAUGCUGCUGGGGAUCAGCUUUGCUCAGACCGUAUCUACGCAGGCCACCUGUUCAGCGGGUGACGCCUCACAGAACAUCACCCAGCCCCAGUAUCAAGACACAGUGAUCAGCAUCAUCGAAGCUGGAUUUUUGUCACCUUUUGUCCAGAAUUUCCUCCACACGGUCCAGCCUAACACUUUCCCUAAAGAUUUUGUCCUGGAUGUUGUCCAGAAUUCUGGAGUCAUCCUAUCAAAUCCAGAAUUCAUAAAGAAAGUUCUGGUUUACGAAGUGGGGUUCCUGGUGUGUGUGGCCAUCGGUGUUAUGUACAUAGUUCUGAUGCCCAUAGUUGGCUUCUGUCUGUCCUGUUGCCGCUGCUGUGGCAACUGUGGUGGGAAGAUGUACCAGAAGCAAACACCAUCCAUUAACUGCCUCAGGAGGACUCUUUACUGGAGCACACUCAUGAUCACAAUCAUUAUCCUUGCAGGCAACAUCUGUAUGUUCAGAAGCAACCAAGCUCUCAAAGCAAGCGUGAACCAGGGUCCUGAAGAGAUCCGCAACAUCAUAGGCAACGUCUACACCUUCCUCUCAUCUGUACCUCAGCAAGUGAAUGAUGUGGUGAAUGAGAGCCGCAAAACCAUAGAAAAAGUGACUAGAAACUUAGACAACAUUGGACCUCAGAUUGGAGCAAACAUCCAGCUGAGCUUUAAUGGAUCUCUCUACCCGGCUCUCCAAUCAGUCAAACGUCUCAGCCUAGAGAUCCUGACAACUGAAUCCCAGCUGGACAACUUGAACUCAUCCUUGGUCCAGCUGCAGUCCAGCGUCGACCGUGUCCAGACCAACAUCUCCUCCGUUAAAGAUCAGCUCAAUCAGACACUGAACAAUCCAAACUGCAUUGAUUGCAGCUCACUGAUUCCAGAGCUACAAAAGCUAACGCUAGAUAUCUCAAUUAAUGAACCAAACCUGCAAAAAAUUCAGUCAGCGAUUAAUGAAAUGGUCCGCGUUAAUCUCUCAUCCAAAAUAAGUCAGGCAGAAGACAGUUUAGACAGCAUUCCCCAGAGGCUGACCAAUGAAACCAAGGAUGUUGUUAAAAACAGCAAACAAGUGCUGGGUGACAUAAAUCAGCAGAUUUCCAAGUUUUCCAGUGAGAUCCCACUCUCAGCUUUAGAUAAUGUUUCAUCGCUCCUGAGCCAUGCACAGGACCAGGUGGACAAAUACUCACUUCAAAUAGAGAGCUUUGAAAAUAUUAGAUGGGCUGUGUGUGUGGCCCUGUGCUGUGUUGUUCUCCUGAUGGUUGUGUGUAACCUCCUGGGUCUGGUUCUGGGCCCCCUGGGUCUGACACCAAACGCAGACCCAACAAACCGCUCCCCCACAGCAGACUGUGGAGGCAUCUUUUUCAUGAUGGGUGCAGGUUUCAGCUUCCUGUUCUCUUGGCUGUUCAUGAUUGUGGUGUUGGUGCUGUUCCUGCUGGGUGGAAACAUCUACACUCUAAUCUGCCAGCCGUGGAACAAUGGGCUGCUGCUAAAGAUUGUAGACACCCCAGGUUUAAUUCCAGGACUGGAUCUCGGCCCAAACGUGGGACUUAAGACCAAAAUCAACAUCUCUGAUCUUUAUAGAGACUGUGUAAAGAACAAGCCGCUGUGGACAACUCUUCACUUAAAUGAGCUGAUAGACCUCCAAGCGCUUCUCAACAUAUCCAGGUACACGGGGCAGAUCCAGGGGCAGUUCAACAGCACAAACAUCACUCUAUCCAUAGAUAAUCUUCUGAGCCCGGAAUUAAAAAGCCAGCUUGGCAAUUUCUCCGCCAACCUGGAAGAUUUCAACACCUCAGCUGUCACACAGCAGAUGAACAGCGUUUACCUCAUCAACCUGAAUCAAACUGCAGACAAAAUUACAAAUCUCAGUAAAGUCCAAACAAACUCAAACAUAAAACAACAACUUUCAGAUGAAGCCACAAAACUAAGGCAGAUCCAAGCUGGCAUAGAAACAAACAUCUAUCCACAAAUGAAAAACCUGAAUUCGUCUAUCAACACUCUUCGAUUGACCACAAGGCAAACGAAUGGAACAGUGGGGGAGGUGCUGAGCUCUGUUGGAGCAGCACAAGACUUCCUCAACACAAACACAACACAGAUCGUAAAGACCGAAAGCAGGAGGUUUUUAGACUGUCAGCUGGGAUACUUCACUGCCUUCACUAACUGGGCCAGUCUCACAAUCACACAGGAAGUGGGGCGCUGCGGGCCGCUGGCUGGAGCUGUGCAAUCUCUGGACGUCAUGUUCUGCUACAGCAUAGUGGAGUCUCUGAAUGCCUUCUGGUUCAGUCUGGGCUGGUGUUUGAUCUUCUUCAUCCCCAGCAUCAUCUGUUCUAUCAAACUAGCAAAGUACUACAGGAGAAUGAAACACUCCAACGGCAAAGAUGACAAUCACAUCCUCAUGAGCCACAUCCCACGGGCUCAGAUGAAAGUCAUUUGAGAGGACACCAGAUGUGUGGCUCAGCUUCGAGCGACUGUGGGCACAAAUGUUGCAUCACUUGAUAAAAUAUAAGCACAUGUGGCCCACUCGUUGCACAGAUGUGGCCCAUUAUCUUCCUUUAAAUUCCAGGUUUCACCAUCAGGGGGUGCAGCAAAACAACAGAAACUGACUGGUGUUAAUUUGCAGGAUAAGUCUUUUAAAAGCGGGUUUAGGGGCGUGGGACAUUUCUAAAGAUUUCUUUCAAAGGUGUUUAUCUGCAUACAUUUCAUAUCUGAACUAAGCUGCUGUUAACACACUUUAUUAGCUUAAUGUUAAGAUUUAUAGCGAUGCACAGUUCUGUCAGUUUUGAUAGAAAUGUGGUUUGUCCAACAGGAAAUGACCUUAUUUUUGACCAAAUUCUUACUUUUUACUCACACUUAAUGUUAUGAACCACAAUUUCUUGAAGCCUGAUUGAAACACUGGUUUGACUUAAUGCUGUUAAUUAAUUUUCUGUUUAUAUUAUUUAUUAAUUUUCAAAUGUUUUUAAUAUAACAUUUUUUUUAAAUCCUCCACUUUAAAUGUUACAGUUGUCAGAUGAUAUUCAUGAAUAAGUAAUGGUGGUUUUUCCAACAUUUAGUCCUAUGAGUAGAUAGUGUUGGUUUGUUACACAGCACUUUAUCUGGUCUGUUCCUUCAAAGUGAAUGUAAAAAGUUUGGAACAUUUCUAUUAGUUCUUAUGCUGUGAAUAAUAAUAAAACAAGUUCAGGGA